AUGACUAGUCGGCGGAGAGACUGCCAGCGAAUACGGUCUGGCGAGAGUGCAACCCUGAAAACGCUAAGAAAACCGCGACAGCAGGAUUUGGCUACCAUCGCGGGAUACGCAAGCGAAUCGAUGAUUGUCUUGCCUCAAUGGAUGCGUCUGUAUUUUUAUGGGAUGCACGGAGUUACGCUGGACAUCGUCCUGUCAUCAGUACGCCGGUUCCUAAAUGGCAAUGAUUUCAAAUUGUUAGGGUUUUCCUCGCCAUAUCUCUGCAUUGUCCAUUCCCUAACCCAUUUCAUAUUGGAGAAAAUCUAUUUGCAGAAGAAGUGCUUCCAAGGACGCCCCGUCAUUUUUCACUUCGUUUUUUAUCCCUCUUUAUACAUAGGUCUGCAGAUCUUAAUCGGGAAUAUAAUUACUCUCACCGACAGCCUUAAAGUCAUAUCAGUGACGCAACUUGUCAUUCACUACAUCCUUUCUUUGUAUUUCACCAAUGUAUUUCACAAAGGAUUCCUUCGCCUUCAGUACAUCUGCCCCGAGAAACGCAUCCGGACCAAACCGGCACCGGAAAAGAAAUGUCCCAGCGGUUUGCCCGGCAUUUUGCGGUUUGUGUUCUUUGGAAUGCACGGCUUUCUCGACGAAGUUGUUUUCACCUCUAUCUUUAAUCUUUUCGAGAAAUCCGACCGGACACUGAGUGGCCACACGUCGCUGUGGUCCUUCCUCAUGUACGGGAGCUGUAGCUUCGUAGUAGAAAAACUCUACCUGCAUUUGCACUUCAAAAAGGGAUGGGGCAUGUGGAAGAGACUCCCCAUAUACAUCUGUUUCAUUUACACCUGGGAGUUCUCUUGGGGACUUGCUCUGCGCUCCUAUGAUGCCUGUUCAUGGGAUUACUCACAUUACCCCUUGAAUUUUAUGGGGUUGGUAACCUUGAUGUAUCUCCCUGGUUGGCUUUGUCUGAGUCUCUACCAAGACUUGCUGUCUAAUGUUUUGAUGCGUGUUGUGUGUACCAAGGAUGAGUGUACACUUGAUACGGGCAUCAACGGACGACCCGUGCUGAAGAAAAAAACUGCUUUGUAG